AUGAGUUUGGAAAUUGAAUCCAUGGUGCGUUAUGCCUCGCCUAUCAAUCCAGCGGUAUUUCCACAUCUUACAAUGCUUCUGCUGGGCAUAGGCAUAUUCUUUACUGCCUGGUUCUUUGUAUACGAAGUCACAAGUACGAAAGUAUCCAGGCAUCUCUUUAAAGAACUAUUAUUAGCUCUUGUAGCCGCUCUGUUCUCUGGUUUUGGAAUAUUGUUUCUCCUGCUGUGGGUGGGCAUUUACGUGUAA